AUGUAUACGCUUUCAGUUGUUGGUCAAGGUCUUUGCAAGCGACACGUGGACCAACUGCUGCGAUAUACGGGAAGAGACAAGACACCUGAAACUGCGAAUGACGUAUGUUGUGCAUCAGCAUUUCACCCGCAGUAUCCGAUUGCCAUCUCCCCUGCACCUCCCUCCGUUGGUAUGCUGGAUAACAAUAACGCUUCGCCAGACAGCACAGUAUCCACGAACACGCAUUCUAAUGUCGAGACAUCUUCACGGGAAGGCAGUGAGCCAACUCCAAUACUAGAUGCGGAUAGAGGAGAGCCGGUGGUGGCAGAUCGGCAGAGUGUCUCGGCGGAGGGGAUUAUCGAUCGACAGGAUGGCGGGGAACAACCAUAUUCUGCUUCUGUUGCACCUAAGCCCGGUCCUUCCCCGCCACAUAGCGAUACCGAACAAAGCAACCGUCGUUGCCGUUAUAAUCAAAGGCCAAGAAAAAAGAAAAUUAUGUUCUCAAAUUAA